AUGCCAUAUUAUCCUCAUUUUAGUGUUCAACUUGUUGAAAGCUUCAUGCUUGAACUUCUAAUAAAAAAGACAUCCUCUUCAAUUACAACAUCGAAAUCAUCUCCAAAACCACAAGAAGUAAAUAACAAGCAUUUCAUAGAAAAUGUUCAAAUCAACCAAUGCGUGGCAGUACUAGCAAAAAAUGCAAACUCCUUACAAGAAGAUGUGCAGUUGGAGCAGAAAACAAAGUCUAAUAUAGUUCAAGUAUUAGAUACUCCAAGAAAGAUUAGAUUGAGAAAAAAGAUACAUGAGCAAUCUAAAAAAAUUAAACGACUACAAUACAGUAAUUGCCGUUUAAGGAAAAGAGUGGCAACAUUAGAAGAAAUACUGAAUAGUUUGAACGGAAAAAAAAUCUUAUAA